AUGGUCUUCGUCGGCUACGAUAGGCACGCCAAAGCCUAUCGUCUCCUCAAUCCCUCCUUGUUGCGAGUCUGCCUGAGUCGAGAUGUGUCCUUUCUUGAAACCGAGUUCCCCUUCUCCUCCACGCCCGCUCACGCCGCGCCGCCAUCGAUCCCGGGUUACAGCCGCGCUAGUCCAUCUAUUGUCGAACCUACACCGCCAGUCGUUGACUCUAGACCAGUCGAGGCUCCAUUGGCACCGGCACCGGCACCCGUGGAAGUUCCAGCACCACAGGCAACGAACACGUCAAAAGCUCCCUCACCACCAGCAACAAUUGCAUCGGAAAACAAUGACGACCCUGCCUCGGUCGCGGACGCAAACAUGACGCAACCACCUCCGGCUCCCGCCCCACUUGCCAAAGCCAAGCCGACUUGGGAAUAUGGCGAUGUCGCGAAGGUUGGUCCAGAUCCAGGGAAGUACGGCGAAGUCAACGCUAGUAACAUCAUUGAAGGCCCCAGGACUCGUCGCAAGCUCGUUCCCACAUUAAUCACGCAAGACCAGCCAGAAAGCGGUCCCGAUGGACCCACCGACUCCUUUAAAAGCCUUCUCCUCGCCUUCGCAGCCAUCAAGGAGGGCUUUGCCGAUCACGACUUGGCAGUGGUUCGCGACCUGUCGAAUUGGGGCAACGUCAUUCAAUCGGGACAAGAAGAGCUUUGGCGGGCUCCAGCGCAGGACGAAUUCAAUUCACUUCUCAAUGAUUACAAAGUCUUCAAGAUCAUUGACUCCUGCGAGCUCCCCUCAGGCGAGAUCCUCUUGCGAUUGGGCUGGGUAUUCCGGACUAAGCGCAACCAGCACGGGGACAUCACCGAUCACAAAGCCAGACUCGUAGCUCACGGAUGCGCUCAACGUCCCGGCCUCGACUUUGAACAGACCUACACCCCCGUCGUCAAAUUCACGUCCAUUUGUGCCCUCAUUGCACUUGCCGCAGCCAACAGAUAUCACGUCCAUCAAGCCGACGUCAACAAGGUGUACCUACAUGGCAAACUGGACAAACCUCUCUACAUGCGCAUCCCUCAGGGCAUUGACCUGCCCGGUAAGAUCCUCAAGCUGUCCAAAUCUAUCUAUGGCCUUUGCUAGGCCGGCACAAUCUGGAACACCGAGAUCGACUCGACUCUGCGGUCUCUUGGCUAUGUCCCUACCAAGUCUGAUAUCUGCAUCUACCGCCAAGAACACAACGGGAAAUCCCAUUACAUUGCCUUGUACGUCGACAACUUGCUGUUGGUAGGGCCCUCAAUUGCCAAGAUCGACCGGGUGCUCGACGCGUUGGAACUCACCUAUGGCGUCAAACGUCUCGGACCUGCCGAAUACAUCCUAGGCAUCCAAGUCAAGCGUGGACAAGACGGAUCCAUCACACUGUCGCAGGAACGCUACCUUCGGGACAUCCUCGCUAGGUUCCAAUUUGCCGACGCCAAGCCCGCAAGUAUUCCAAUGCAGCCGGGUGUCGUCCUUGACUUCUAGGAUUCAGCUGCCACUCCUCAGGACCGUACGCGCUAUUUGCAGGCCAUUGGUUCGUUGAUGUACGCCGCAGUCGGGACUCGCCCCAAUCUUGCCUUCGUGGUCAGCUACCUUGCUCGCUUCUCUCAACAGCCAGGUCCCGCGCAUUGGACAGCAAUCAAGCAGGUCCUUCGCUACAUCAAAGGCACUCUGGACUUGGGUCUCACCUACAGCAAGACCAGCAAAGAGUUCCAUGGCUACUCGGAUGUGAAUUGGGGAGCCUGUCUGACCACCUCGAGAUCAACCAUGGGCUACGCGUUCAUCUACUCCGGAGCCGUGAUCGCCUGGUGCUCAAAACGCGAGCACAGGGUGGCCAAGUCGACCACAGACGCUGAGUACCUAUCCCUUUCAUACACAAGUGGUGAUGCCAUGAUGGCCACCUCAGCAAACUCCUGGCUGAACUCGGUGCCCCGGUCUCCGGCCCAGUCGUGCUCUACGGCGACAAUCAAGGUUCGCUGGCUCUUGCACAACAUCCAACCAACCAUCAGGGGUCCCGUCACGUUCGUAUUUCGGAGCAUUACGUCCGUGAGAGGGUUGCUGAGAAGGAGAUCGAGGUCCGCUACAUCGACACCGGCAACAUGUUUGCCAACAUCUUCACCAAAGCCUUGGGUCCCAAGCUGUUCCUAUUUCAUCGGGAAAACUUGGGUUUACGGAGUGCAGUGGUAUGA